AUGGAAGAUUCACCGCUUUUAAUUCGUGUCAGUACGGCAGUAGCUUAUGCUGUAUGUUCAGUACUAGUUGUUUUUAUCAAUAAAGUAUUGCUCACUAACUUCAGAUUUCCAUCAUUUUUAAUUGUUGGAUUAGGACAGAUGACAGCAACUGUUAUUGUUUUGUGGUUUGCUGCUCUCUGCAAUUUCGUUUCAGUUCCAGCAUUUGAUUCAUCCGUUCCGCUUAAUGUUUUUCCAUUGCCAAUAUUUUAUGUUCUAAAUUUGAUAUCUGGACUAGGUGGUACACAGAGGAUAAAUCUUCCGAUGUUCACUGUGUUACGUAGAUUCUCAAUCUUGAUGACAAUGGUGCUAGAAUAUGUUGUACUUGGGGUGAAGGCAUCGUAUGCGGUGAAAAUCUCGGUUGCUUUAAUGAUUUUAGGUUCUGUGAUUGCAGCUGUGUUUGAUUUAACAUUUGAUAUAUGGGGAUAUUCGAUGAUUUUAACCAACGACAUUUGUACAGCCGCUAAUAGUGUUUACAUAAAACAAAAGCUUAAUGCUAAGAAGUUUGGUAAAUAUGGCAUUUUAUAUUACAAUGCAUUGUUUAUGAUUUUUCCUGUGAUUGUUUUGGCCUGGAUAAAUCAAGAAUUUGAAAAGGUGCAUCAAUACAUAAUCGCUGGAAAUAUGACUAUAUGGGUAGCUGUUUGUUUAUCGUUUUCAUUUCUUUGCGGAUUCUUACUCAAUUAUUCGAUUAUUUUAUGUACGCAGCACAAUAGUGCCCUUACCACUUCAUGUAUUGGUCCAAUUAAAAAUUUACUUGUAACUUAUGUUGGAAUGUUCUCAUCAGGCGAUUACUUAUUUGGAUGGAACAAUUUUAUCGGUAUCAAUAUCAGCAUUAUGGGAAGCCUUCUUUAUACUUAUGUUACAUUUAAAACAGAGACAAAAGGUACAGAGCAGAAUGCUGGAAUAUUACCCAAAGUUGACGACAAACAACCUUUAUUGUAA